ACCAUUGUGCGCUCUUGUAGGGGGGGAAUCGUUGUGGUGAGAAUGCAGAUGCAGCCAUAUUACAGCACUGUGCUCUGCAGUCUGUGUAUUGUGUUGGGGAGGGCAUUCAGAGGGGGGCAAUUCUGUCCUGUGCCCAUUAAUCCUGCCCCAUGGGGUAUAUCGUCCUCUACAUAUGUAGCUUGGCCCCUGCCCCAUGCCCAGAGAAACUAUCCUCUCCAUGCAAGGUCUCCAUUUUGCACUGCAGCUUUCCUUUGUAAGCUCAGCUCCCCCUAUAUUUUCAUUUAGUCCAACCCUUUCUCUGCAGAUAUUGCAAUGCAUUGAGAACUGUUACUGCAGUAGGUUCUGGGGAUCAGCCCUCCCCAUUGUGUACCCAUCACCCCCUAAUUAUGGUGCAUGGUUCAGACCUGGGUAUUUACAUUUUAAAUCCCUGGGCAAGGUGAAAGGUCAACGCAUCUGCCAUUUUUUGGGAUUGUAUAUAAUGCAAAAAUAAUCAGGGAAGAGGGGACAACAAUUAUAAAUAUAUUUUUAUAAAAAAAACUAAAAAAAAACCCUAAAAGAAACUGCAACUCUGCAUUCAUCUCUAUACAGAGAGGAGGGGGAGUGCAGAUGAUGUCAUUGCAGACCUGAUCAUUGUAUUCAAUGCUGUGCUUAUUUAUUUAUUUUUUUCUGUGAAAUCCAUGGGAAAAUAUAGCCUUUAGGGGGCACUGAACUACAAGAGAGAGGGAGAGAAAUCCAAAAGCAGAGAAGACAGGGAGGGAGGGGGAGGACUGAGCAGGGAGAGGGGGGGAAGAAGAAGAGAAAUAUAUAUAUUUAUAAAAAAAACAAAGAUUUUUUAUUUUAUUUAUCAACUAUGGAUGCAAGCUGGAGCAGCUUUAUAUUCCAGACCCCACCUCCUCCCGCUACAGAACCUCUGCAGGUUGAGCUGCUCCCUGUGUUGGCCACUGUCAGUGCCCCACAAGAUGUCUCCCUUCCUCCUCAGUCAAUGCUCGCUACCAUGGCCCCUCAGCACCAAUCCACUGUUGACACAGCAGCUCUCAAGCAAGUGGUGCCUGGGCUGUCCAUCCCCCAACAGAUUAUACCAACAUCCUCCUUAACAAACCAGCCUUCUCAGAUCACCACGGCACUGCCCUUGCAACCAAUCCUGGAACUGCCCAAAAAGUCUAAGAGCCGGGGACCCUAUAUCUGUGCCCUGUGCUCCAAGGAGUUUAAGAAUGGGUACAACCUGAGAAGGCAUGAAGCUAUCCACACUGGCACCAAACCGGCUCGAGCACAGCCAGCUGUCAAGAUUCCAACCAUGGUGCCCCUCAGUCUUUUGAGUGUGGCAGGUACACUAGGAGGUGGCACAGAGACCCUGGAGAUUCCAACAUCUCCAUCUACCCUUUCACUUCCGGGGCCUUCUCCAUCCCCUAAGAAAGUGCGCAAAAAUCACGCAUGUGAGAUGUGUGGCAAAGCCUUCCGAGAUGUGUACCAUCUAAACCGGCACAAGCUCUCACACUCGGAUGAGAAGCCGUACUCCUGCCACGUGUGUCAGCAACGUUUUAAGCGCAAAGACCGUAUGACCUACCAUGUGAGAUCACAUGAUGGCACUGUGCACAAACCCUAUAUCUGUAGCCACUGCGGCAAAGGCUUCUCCCGUCCAGAUCAUCUAAACAGCCACGUUAGACAAGUUCACUCCACUGAGCGUCCCUUCAAAUGCCAGACUUGUGAAGCUGCCUUUGCUACUAAGGACCGUCUGAGAGCCCACAUGGUCCGUCACGAGGAGAAAGUCCCUUGUCACGUGUGUGGAAAGCUGCUUAGUGCUGCAUACAUCACUGAUCACAUGAAGGUCCACAACCAAGGCCCCAACCAUGUGUGUGAGCUGUGUAAUAAAGGGACCUGUCAAGUCUGCCCAUUAGCAGAUGCCGCAACCUCUGUAACCACGGUCCUGCCGAAUUCUACUGUCCAAGGGAUGGUUCCAUCACAGCCAUGGUGACUGUCUUUCCUGGAGGGGGACAGCCAUUAUAAUCUUUGUUGAUGUGUUUGUGUACAUUGCAAGGAAAUCCUAUUCUCCAGGAUAACCCAACAUGUAUUUUGGGGAUUGAGAUACAGGGUGCAUACAGAACUGCUCCUACCAUUACCUGAUCUAUAGUAUUAAAUAUACAAGGCAGUAUGAGUUCACAUGACACUCCAGAAAUAACCCUGUAAGGACUCAUUUCACUUUCUGGGUGAUCUUAUUUUGAAAGGCUUAUUAGUGCGACUGCCAAAAUUUGACGUGGUGUGAACUGGCAGAUGUCGCAGUUAAGACUUAACGAACAUCCUUAAGCCAACCUGUAAAGGGUUUGUAGUGGUUAAAGAAUACAAAUCCUCUAUCUUCCUUUAUUGCUUAUUACACCCUGAAUGGUGAGCAGGGCCGCUGGCAGGGGAAUGGUUAAUGGGGAGGCUGUCUGGUCAGGUGCAAUUAGUGGUUUCUUUUUGUGACACUAGAUGUGUGAAGGAUGUUUUUACUACAUUUUUAUUUGUUUUAAUUUUUUAGGAGCCUUUAAUUAAAACCUGUAAAGAGAUGGAGCAACUGUGAGAAUUGGUGAGCCAGGAAGAAUAUGACAGUAUUAGGAUGGGAUGAGAGUUGACACCAAAAGAAUGGUAGAGCGUUGGGGGGCUUUGUGCUGUAUGGGGGUGUCAGGACAGGCUUUAGAGGCAGAGAUUUGUAUCAGGCAUACCUUUUGCAAACGUUAAUAUUUAUUGUAGUGGGCUUUUAAUCUUUUUAACAUUUUGAAGGGAAUUUUAAGGAAAACAAAUCCAUACUUUAUUUGCUAUACAGACUAUGUGUUCCCACUUAGCGCUAUUCUGCACAGGUGUUGGAAUUCACAGCUUGCGUAAUUAAAAAAAAAAAACCCCACCAUGCUGGUGAAAAUAGCACAAGAAGUAGAUAAUGCAUUAUAGGGACACCUUGUUAGAAUGGGGUUGAGUAUACAUAGUGUAUGUUUGUUUCCUACCAAGUAUUCUUUAAAGGGACAGAAAACAUCUUGAUUGUUUUAUAUAAAAUGUUCAGCUAUGCAUAAUGGGGGGAAAAAAUGUCUAUACUUUCGUUAUUUAUUUACAUUAUUUAUUUAUUUUGCUUCCAUUUCAUGUAAUUUAGCUUUGAAAAUUGAGCAAUUUCAAAUUCUCACAUCUUGAAUUGACUUCUCAAGGCUAUAACCCUGCUACAUAUUUGUCCGUUAUUGUCUUUAACUGAUAACAAUGGCAAACAAAUGCAUUUUAUACUAACUUUAUGACAGUGACUAUCAAUUUUAAAGAACUUUCCUAUUUACUUCUAUAAUUAAAUUUGCUUUGUUGAAUAGCAUACCUAGGUGGAGCAGCAAUGCACUACUGGGAGUGAGCUGUUGAUUGGUGGCCGCAUAUCUAUGCCACCCAAUCUAUUAAGCAGCAGUUCUUUAAAAUUGUAUGUUCUAGCUGAAACAUGGAAAAAACAUUUUGGGUUUCAUGUCCCUUUAAGACUUGGUUGAUAUGUUCUUCUAUAGCAGCACAAUGGAAAUGUUUUGUAGCUACAAGGUGUUACCGUCCCUUUUAGUAUAGUGAAAAUGCUGUAUUUUGGAGGAUUUCAGGUUGAAAUAGGUUUAUUUGUUACACACACACAACAUACCAAAUGUCACACAUUCUUAACUGCACAGCAAAUGUAACAGUAAAUACAAUAUCACACGUACAAAUAAACACGUGCAUCAGUGUAUACAAAAUAUGAGACACACAUGUAUGUGUUUUCAUGUGAUAUGUUGUAUGUACUGCGUGCGUAACAGCACAUACACCAUAUCAUAUACAAGCAUACACACAUGCAACACUACAUGUAACAUAUCACACUUAGAUAUAUACACACACACAGUACAUACAAUAUAUCACAUGAAAACACAUACAUGUAACAGCACAUACACCAUAUCAUAUACAAGCAUACACACAUGCAACACUACAUGUAACAUAUCACACUUAGAUAUAUACACACACACAGUACAUACAAUAUAUCACAUGAAAACACAUACAUGUAACAGCACAUACACCAUAUCAUAUACAAGCAUACGCACGUGCAACACUACAUGUAACAUAUCACACUUAGAUGUAUACACACAUACAAUAGUACAUACAACAUGUUUCACAUUUACAUGCAACAAACACAACAGCACAUACUACAUAUUACACACAUUAACAGUGUUUGACAUGGAAGCACAUUAUAACCAACAAUUGCACAAGACCAUCUUUAUUCUGUCCAGUUGUUUUCAGCACCCGAUAAAACUUUAGUUCCACCUUUAAAAGAACAUUCUAGCUACAAGUAUCUCUUUUUAUUUUGUCAGGCCCCCCCCCUCCAAAGGGUCUAACAAACGGUUACAUUUGUGCAUACAAUGUGUUCCCUGUGCUGUCUAUGAGCAGUACAUGGUCAGUAAUAUGGGAUAUGGGUGCAUGUCCUGGUCAUCUGGGUGCGUCACUGUACAUGUAUAAAGCGUAGAGUUAAACACAGUGACAAAAUGGCGUUCAUUUAUAAUUAGGAAUAUUCUAACUGUAAAUAGAGCUGGUCAGUUUCACACUAAAAGUUCCCUUUAGCUGUUUUUUGGCUACCAGGGAUAAGGAAAUCAUGUUUGUCCUUCAGAUGACACUGGGUACGCCUGAGGGCACUGGUACACAAACGUGUUUAUAAUAGGGAAAUGGUGCAGAAACGUAACUAUAUAUUUAAAAUUAAGCAAUCCUUUUGGCAUCUUAUAACAGUAUUAUUAUAAUAUAUAUAUACACACAUGCUGAAUACGAAGGGACAGUCUACUCCCCAAUUUUUAUUGUUUAAAAAGAUAGAUAAUCCCUUUAUUACCCAUUCCCCAGUUUUGCAUAACCAACAGUUAUAUUAGUUUUAGUAUCACAUUUACAGAGCCACAUAAAAAUGCGGCUUGUAUAUUUCACCCUUUGCCCGCAAUUUUUACUCCCAUAAGCUAACAUAGAACCACGUCGCAAAUUGAUAUCACAUAUUCAGCGCAAGGACUUAUGCAGCGAAAAUAGAGAAAUUUUACUCCAUUUCAUCUCGCCACACAUAGGCAGGCGCAGCAAAGAGCGGUCUAUCUGUCAACCGUCAUCCCCCCCGCCGCAAUAACUAAUUAACUUACUAUAUUAACCCCCAAUCUGCCAACCCCCAUAUUGCAAAACAUCUAAUUAACCUCUGAACCGCCAUCACACCACAGCGCAAUAUACUUUGAUAAACUAUUAACCCCUAAUCCGCAAUUCACCCAUAUCGCAAACUACCUAUUUAAACUAUAAACCCCUAAACCGCUACCCCGCAGCAAUGCAAUAAACCUAAUUAACCUAUUAACCCCUAAACCGCCAAACCCACACAAAUAACUAAUUAAUUUACCUAGCCCAACACCCCCUAAAUUAACCCCAAUUACCUAAAUUAAAAAAUACCAAGUUACAAACAAUUAAAAUAAAAAAGCUAACAUUACUUAAAAAUAAACCUAAGAUUAACUUAAUCUAAAAUUAAAAAAAUUCUAACAUUACAUAAAAUAAUAAACCAAAUGAUCAAAAAUAGAAAAAAUAAACCUAAUCCAUAUGAAAAUAAAAACACCCCCUAAUCUAAUGCUAGACUACCAAUAGCCCUUAAAAGGACCUUUUUGUACCUUUAAUUAAAUAUUAACUCCCCCCCUCUAACAGUAAAACCCCCCCCGCCCACCAAACCCCCAAAAUAAUAAUAAAAUAACACUAAAAAAUAUUUUACCCAUUGCCCCUAAAGGAGCAUUUGUAUGGGCAUUGCCCUUAAAAGGGCAUUCAGCUCUUUUACUGCUCUUAAAAGGGCAUUCAGCUCUUUUACUGCUCUUAAAAGGGCAUUUAGCUCUUUUACUGCCCUUAAAAGGGCAUUCAGCUCUUUUUCAAAGGCCCAUUAAAACCCUAAUCUUAAAAAAAAAAAAAAA